UUCGUAUUUCAAACAAAAAUCGCAAAAUCUUUACCAAUUUUUGGUAUUUUUUUAUGAAUACGAUUUGGUUGGCUUCAUGUUAUCUGUUUUCUAAUUAAUAAUUUGUGGAAUAAUAUUUUGUAUCAAAGCGCAAACUAAAGAUGGCUAUUACCAUUUUGGAUCUACCAUUUGAAGUUCUGAUUCUUAUCAGUCAACAAAUUGAAGCAUUUCACGAUAAAGUCAACUUUGCCAGAUCUCAUCCAAAACUGUGGAAUGUAUUUGCUUAUCACCACCGCAAAAAUGUUCAAAAUGAAAUUACAUUUACUAACAACGAAGAGUUUAAGUAUAUGAUUACUCAUUUCGAUUUCAUUCUGGAAUGGUGGGGUUCAAGUGUUAUAUCAAUUAAGAAUCCAUAUAAUGAUGUUGAAUCUGGAGAUUUAUUGGAAAUGGCUGCCAAAUUUUGCCCAAAUCUGAAACACAUACAAUUUGUGAUACAUGGAGACAAUCUUCGGAAAGUUGAACAGUGUGUGUCAAAAUGUGAAAUGCUCAAUGAAAUUGAAUUGCGUAUCGAAUAUCCCUUUAAUUGGAAUUAUACCCCCGAAAAUGAUUAUCAUCUAGAUAAAGUAAUUAAAUCAUUGCAAAGUUUAACAAAUCUGCGAUAUAUUAACUUUGGAUCCCAUGCGUUAAAAAAAGAUGAAAGGACAAAAUUAAAUGAUUUGGUUCAGUUAGACGAAUUACAAAUUGGACCAAUUCAGGCCGAUGAAGUUGAUGACCUGACCUCUUUACUUGGACAUUUGAUAGUCCUAAGAAUCAAAUACUAUCCCGAUACAAAAACGUUAUCUAAAUUAGCAAAAUAUUGUGGAAAUUUGCAAAAAUUAAGCCUAGAGGAUUAUGACAAUAGAUCCUAUAUGUUAGAGUUUUCUAGGAAAUGGAGAAUUCCAUAUUUUCCCAAAUUAACCUACUUGCACAUAUUUAAGGGAACCGCGAGAAGUGAUUUUCUCUAUCACUUGGACAGUCGAUACAAUAAUCAGCUUAAAGUUCUUAACAUUCCUUGCUUAAGAAUGAGAAAACGGGAAAUCAAGCGUGUUAGUGAGUUUAAGGUUCUAAAGGAACUAUUCUGUACGGAAAUACAGAAGAAAUCAAUUGAUGUACUUGUAAAAAUGCAACUGGAACGAAUCGAUUAUUGGAAUUCAAUGAAAUCAGAAUUUCAUGUACUGCGCUUGGUGAAAGAAUCUACAUAUUUGACGAGUAUGAGAUGUUCAAUUAGGAACUGGAAUAAAAAGUUUUUUUGUGAUUUUCUGGAUAUAUUAGAAAGAAAGGGCUUUCAAGCUGACCGGCCAUUUCAGCUCGAUAUUUUAUUUAUCCAAAAUGACGAUCUAAAAAAAGAGUUUAUAGUUGAGUUUACAUCUAUACCGAAUUCAAAUCUAAUGAGCUUGAGACUAAUUUAAAUUUAGAAAUAAAGUUAAAUUCUUAUUAACCUCUGUACAUU